AUGGGUAGGAUCAUUGAUUCGAUAGUUUCAGGGGGUGUUCUUUUAACAGCCACAUUAUUAACAUGCAAAUAUCUUAAAGACAGAAAAAGGCAACUAAUAAUUGAAGGACAGGGUGAAGCAAAAACUAAAUUCAAUGUCGAUCUGAAUAAAAUAAUAGAAAAAAUGAAAAAUAAACAUGUUAUAAAUAUUGAUGAUAUAAAUGAUGAAGAAUUGAUAGCAAUUUUAUUUACAGCAAAAACAUUUGAAAAAAUAUUAAGAGAUAAGAAGGACUCCAAAUAUUUGAAAGAUAAAGUUUUCUGUAGUUUAUUUACAGAACCAAGUACACGAACAAGAUGUUCUUUUGAUGCUGCUAUUUUAAGAUUAGGCUCAAAAGUAAUAAAUAUUACGGAUGUAAAUUCAACAUCCUUUUAUAAAGGAGAAACUGUGCAGGAUACUUUUUCUGUUAUGUCAAAAUAUGUUGACGGAAUUAUAUACAGAGAUGCAUCAAAUAAUAAUAUCGAUUUGGCAAUUGAAACGUCAACCAAGCCAAUAAUCAACGCGGGGAACGGAACUGGAGAACAUCCAACACAAUCACUUUUAGACUUUUACACAAUAUAUAAUUUUUUUCCAUAUCUUUUGGAUAGAAAUCCAAAUGAAAAACUUAAGAUUGCAUUUGUUGGUGAUUUAAAAAACGGAAGAACUAUUCAUUCUCUUAGUAAAUUACUUAGUAGAUACAAUGUUAGUUUCAAUUUCGUUUCAUGUAAAUCACUAGACAUUCCUGAUAAUAUAAUAAAUAUAAUAUCUGAUAAUUUGAAAAAAAAUAAUUUUUAUGACGAAAAUUCUAUAAACAAAUAUGACAGUUUAGAAAAGGGAAUAAUGGAUACUCAUAUUGUAUAUAUGACAAGAAUUCAAAAAGAAAGAUUUACAGAUAUGAGCGAAUAUAAUAAAUACAAAGAUUCUUUCAUUUUGGAUAAUAACGUAUUAAGAAAUACAAGACCCGACGCCAAGGUCCUUCACCCCCUUCCAAGGGUUAAUGAAAUAAAAGUAGAGGUUGAUGAAAAUCCUAAGAGUGUAUAUUUUUUACAAGCUGAAAAUGGUUUAUAUGUACGAAUGGCAUUACUAUACCUUAUUUUCUCAUAA